AUGGAAAAGUCCUCCGAUUUACAACAAAGAGAAACGAGGGGUGAAAGGAAAAAAAAAGCCUACCACCAGCGAGGGAUGGAAGGAAAAGCCUACCACCAGCGAGGGGUGGAAGGAAAAGCCUACCACCAGCGAGGGGUGGAAGGAAAAAAAAAGCCUACCACCAGCGAGGGAUGGAAGGAAAAGCCUACCACCAGCGAGGGGUGGAAGGAAAAAAAAGCCUACCACCAGCGAGGGGUGGAAGGAAAAAAAAGCCUACCACCAGCGAGGGGUGGAAGGAAAAGCUCUUCUACUCACGAAGCUUCUUUAUGA